AUGUGUGGCGAUACAAACGAGCAGCGAUACGAUAGAUCGUACGGUAUCGUGGUACCGGUCAGGUAUGACGCGUCUCGUCGGGCACAGCUGCCCGUCGCGUCGCCGUCGCCCAUUGGCUCAAACAACCGGUUUUCCCCCCGCGCCGCGCCACCCCUUACAACUAUCAAACGAAUUCUUAUUCAUACCUCGCUGCGACCGUUGCCGUCGUUGAGCGUGCGCUAG